CCGGGUAUCACAGAAUUUCAUACUUAAGGAUAAUAUUUCUGGUUUUUCCUUAUCUAGUUCAACACUUAAAAAAUUAUGGACAUCCGUUUUGCAACAAGCUAGAAAUUUACUUCCAACUGUUUAAUUCUUCAUACUUUUCAAUAGCUGGAUACGUUUCGUCUCUGCUCUCUGUCCCAUAACGUCGUCUACAGCAUAUUUUCUGCAAAAAUAAUUUAUUUACAUCUUUUCAAUACCGGAAUGCAAAGUGUCAAUCUGGUUCAGGACGUAGCGUUUCAGUAUUUUUCUAUUUUGCAGGUUCAUAAGCAGACAUUGACGUUGAAUUAUUUGAUGGCUACUGCUUCUAAAACAGAAAGUAGACUUGUUACAGAGCAAAAUAUUUUCAAUUAUUGCAUCUCUGGUGAUUUGAAAUCAUUAAAAGAAUGUGCACGUUCUGUUGGUCAAGUAGUUCAUAAAAAUUCACUUGAUGGUCAAACUUGUCUCAUUGUAGCAUGUAGAAAUGGACAUUUAGAUGUUGCCGAAUACUUAAUCGACUGUCAUGGGGCAGAUGUUGAACAAGUUGGUGUUGUAGAGUUUGAAGGAGAACAAGUAGAAGGUGUACCUCCACUAUGGUGUGCUUCAGCAGCUGGACAUUUGAAAUUAGUUGAAUUGUUAAUUAGUCGUGGUGCAGACGUUAAUCGAACAACAAUUACUAAUUCAACAGCUCUUCGUGCUGCUUGCUUUGAUGGACAUGAACAAGUUGUUCGAUAUCUUGUUGAACAUGGAGCAAAUAUUGAAAAUCCAAAUCGCCACGGCCAUACUUGUCUCAUGAUUAGUUGUUAUCGUCGUCAUGAUAGUAUUGUAGAAUAUCUACUUAGUAAAAAUGCUCGAGUUAAUCGAAGAAGUGCUAAAGGUAACACUGCAUUACAUGAUUGUACAGAAAGUGGCAAUUUAAAAUGUUUACAAUUAUUGUUAAAUCAUCGAGCUAUUAUGCGUAAAGAUGAAUAUGGUCAAUUACCAAUUAUGUCUGGUGCAAAUGCAGCUUACAAAAAAAUUGUAGAUUAUUUGGCUACUGUUGAAAUUCCUGAUUCAACACAAACAAUAAGUGUUAGUGAAAAAGCUGCUGCAUAUGAUCUACUUGGUGCUAGUCUAUUCGAUCGACAUUCUUUAAUUCAAGACGCUAUAGCUGCUUGGUAUCAUGCGAUAAAUUUACGCCAAGAGUUGUCUACUUAUAAUAAUAAUAGUAGUAAUAUUAAUAGUGGUAAUAAUAAAUUUAUCCCACAUCCAGUACCACAAUGCUCUUGUAUGAAUGAAUUAAUGUCAUGUGUUGAAGGGCAACCAACAAUGACAACCACUACCACCACCACUACAACAACAACUACUACUUCAACUACUAAUUCAUCGAAUAAUUGUUGGUCAUUGAUUUCAUUAGCUGCACGUGAAGCAAUUGGAAUGGCUGAAACUAGUCGAUUUGAUGAACAACAUUAUUCGUUAACAUCUAAUUGGCAACGUCAUAAAAGAUCUACAAGAAUUCAUGACAUUUUAUUUAAAAGUUAUAAUUCCACAAAAUUCCAUUAUCAUAAUUCAAUUCAUCAAUCGACUAUACGACAAAAGUCUACAACGAAAUAUUCACAAGAUUUACAUGAAUUAUUUCAAAGAAAAUAUAAAAAAUUACAAACUGAUUUACAAAAUGCUUAUCAAUGUAAAUUUGAACAUUUAGGUCAUUCAUUGUAUCGUUCGAAUUCAUUAAAAGAUUAUACUGUUGAUGUACAAUCACCACCGUUUUGUUCAGUGUUUCUUCAAGGUUCGCAUAAUUCACGUUUAGGUUUACGUCGUAAUGGUUCUAGUGAGUAUUUUGAUCAGUCUUCUCCUACCAAUUCAAUAUUAUCACAAGGUGUUUGUAGAUCAUCACCAUCACCAACGAAUUCUUUGAAUUUUGGAACAUCUUCAUCCUCCUCUCUACCACCUUUAUCAACAACAGGACAUCACAGUGGCAGUUGUGCUGGUGGUGUUUUCGUCCAAUCUGUUAUACCCGUCGAUCCUAUUCUAGGCUUUGAACCGAAAUGUUGUCAAAUUGCACGAUAUCGUCGAUGGCUUCUGGAGCCUAUUCAUCAAAAUUACCAAGUCAGAUCUUCGACAACACCUGAUCAUAAUAACACUAGUAACAUAUUGCAUAAUAAUACAGAGGAUUUCACUCCAUCCAAAAUCAUAAAUCAAUGUCCUCAUUGUAAACAAAUACUUGUUUCAAUGAAUAAUUUAAGUGAAGAAAGUCUACUUUCAAAUCAAUCCACCUGUCCCAUUUGUAAGACAUCACUAGUAGUAAAUCAUUCUUUGAAUUCUUCAAAUGAAAAUCAAACAGUCCAUUCAACAAAUCAGUAUUCUAAAGUAUCUUAUCCUUACGAAUCAAAUAAUAAUGAUGAUAAUAAUCAUAAUUAUUAUAAUAAUAAUGAAAACAAUCUUAAAUAUGUUUGUCCAGUAUGUCAUUUUGCCACUGAAAAUCAUCCGUUAAUUCGUCGAUUAAAACAAUGUGGUGAAGAAGCUUUUGGACAUGUUUGUGAAUUUCAAACACGUGAAGAUCUAGCCAGUUUAAUGUCAAAUACACAUGUUCUACGCUUACAAUCAUUGCUUAUACGCUUACGUAUAUUAGGUCCAGAUCAUCCAGAUACCAUUUAUUUUAUCCGUUAUCGUGGAGCAAUUUAUGCAGAUGCAGAUAAUUUUCAUCAAUGUUUAAGUUUAUGGCGUUAUGCAUUAGAAUUACAACGUACAUUUGUUGAACCAUUAUGUCAUGUAUCACAAGCUGCAUUUGUUAGUUUUGCUGAAUUAUUUCAUUUUGUAUUAACAAACAAUUGUAUUGGUUUACCAGCAAAAGAUUUAGAUCCAACAUUAAUUGUAGAUUGUUUAGAAUUAGCUGUUGAUAAUAUUGAACGUGGAAUGGAUUAUUCAUUUUAUCAUUGGCAUCAUCGACAUCCAUGGUCAUAUACAGCAGCGGAUAAAGAAGCGAUUAAUUUAAUGCGUCAUGUAUCAUUAUGUUUACAUUUUAUAGCAAUGAUUCUUAUUCAUUAUAUGCCAAAUUGUAAAGCUUUACCAACCAUACGUUCUAUUCGACGUCAAUUAUCUAAUUUAAAACAAGUAGUUGAAGAAAAUUUUAAUGAAUUAUUACAAAAUUCUACAUUGAAUUUAUCAAAUAUUAUGCUUAAUCAACAAGAGCUAAUUAGUAAUAAUAAUAAUAGUAGUACUGAAAAUGAAUCACAAAUAGAUAGUUUAUCUAAUGAUAUGAAAAAACGUAUGCCAAUUGAAUUGAAACAACGAUUUUUCCGUCAAUUGGAUUGUAGUGGUUAACAGUUUCAGUGUUUAGAGCGAAAGAAACAGGGUUCGAGUAUCGAUGUGAACAUCAAUACUGGGAUGUGGUAAAUACAUCCAUCUGACGAGUCUCGAACUGAAAAAUAACUCACGCUUCUUAGAUUCCACUGUUAACCACUCUAUAAAAUUUACUUACAAACACUUAUGAUUAAUAUCGAAAUCGAGACUGAUCAAUUAUAGUCCUUAACACAAACAACGGAGAGGUUCGUAAACUUACAUUUGAGAUAUUUAUUAUCACCUUAUCUCGUCUGUUCUUUUCUAUCUUUUAUCCUUAAUGCUUAAUUUAAUUAUCAGUCUCAAUGACACAGAUGCAAUCGCUCUUCUUUCACUUCGUGCAUUCUUAGUUUCAAAGUUAUUUUACAUUUUGAAUCCAUCCUUCUCGAUUCAUCUCCUUUUUUAUUUCUACUUCUACAACGUUGGUACUCAUUUUGAUAAUGUCUUAUCUCUGUGC